AUGUUUAGUUUAAAAGCAUUAUUGCCAUUAGCCUUGUUGUUGGUUAGCAUUAACCCUGCUGCCGCUAAAGUUCACAAGGCUAAAAUUUACAAGCACAAAUUAUCCGAUGAAAUGAAGGAAGUCACUUUUGACCAACACUUGGCUCAUUUGGGCCAAAAAUAUUUGACUCAAUUUGAAAAAGCUAAUCCCGAAGUUGUUUUUUCCAGGGAGCAUCCCUUUUUCACUGAAGGUGGUCACGACGUUCCAUUAACAAAUUACUUGAACGCUCAAUAUUACACUGAUAUUACCUUAGGUACCCCACCUCAGAACUUCAAAGUUAUUCUGGAUACCGGUUCUUCAAAUCUUUGGGUUCCAAGUAACGAAUGUGGUUCUUUAGCUUGCUUCCUACACUCCAAGUAUGAUCAUGAAGCUUCGUCAAGUUAUAAAGCUAAUGGUACCGAAUUUGCCAUCCAGUAUGGUACAGGAUCCUUGGAAGGUUACAUCUCACAAGACACUUUGUCCAUUGGAGACUUGACUAUUCCAAAACAAGAUUUUGCUGAAGCUACCAGUGAACCAGGUCUAACAUUCGCGUUUGGUAAGUUCGAUGGUAUUUUAGGGUUGGGUUACGAUACCAUUUCUGUUGACAAGGUGGUUCCCCCAUUCUACAACGCUAUUCAACAAGAUUUGUUGGAUGAAAAGAAAUUUGCCUUUUAUUUGGGAGAUACUUCUAAAGACAGUGAAAAUGGCGGUGAAGCCACCUUUGGUGGUAUUGACGAAUCCAAAUUUAAGGGUGAUAUUACUUGGUUACCAGUUCGUCGUAAGGCUUAUUGGGAAGUCAAAUUUGAAGGUAUUGGUUUAGGCGAUGAGUACGCCGAAUUAGAGAGCCAUGGUGCUGCCAUCGAUACUGGUACCUCUUUGAUUACUUUACCAUCAGGGUUGGCAGAAAUGAUCAAUGCAGAACUAGGUGCCAAAAAAGGUUGGACUGGUCAAUACACUCUAGAUUGUAACACUAGAGAUAGUCUACCAGAUUUAAUUUUCAACUUCAACGGUUACAAUUACACUAUUGGACCUUACGAUUACACACUCGAAGUAUCAGGCUCUUGUAUCUCCGCAAUCACACCAAUGGAUUUCCCAGAACCUGUUGGCCCCUUGGCCAUUAUUGGUGAUGCCUUUUUGCGUAAAUACUACUCCAUUUACGAUUUGGGUAACAAUGCCGUUGGUUUAGCUAAGGCAAUUUAA